AUGCACGAGGCUGAAAAGGGCUUGAAUGAGCUAUGCGGCAUGCUCAAGAUAGCAGAAAGUGACAUCAAGAAGAGCACGGGUGGCAGCCAUGUGAUGGCGGUCCAGAACAAGCCUAACUUCAAGAAGAAGGGUACUUCGUGUAAGAAGAAGGGCAAGGCUAAGGUUGAGAACCCCACGCCGAACCCAGAUCCUAAGGCUAAAACUGGACUAGCUGCUGACACUGAGUGCUUUCACUGUCAUGAAAAAGGUCAAUGGAAGAGAAACUGUAAGGUGUACUUGGCUUCUUUGAAGAACCAUGGCAGGGUUGACAAGAAGUAG